AUGUCAUUUAAAUCAUUAAUAAAACCAGAAACUGAUCCAAAUUUAGAAGUUCCAACAAAACCAUUCAAUUUAAGUAAAAAUAUAGUUGAAAGAUUUUCAUUAAAGGGUAAAGUAACAGUUAUUACUGGAGGAGCAGGUGCUAUAGGAUCAGCUAUAGCAGAAGGUUAUGCACAAGCUGGUGGUGAUGUUAUAAUAUUGGAUCAUUCACAUACUGAUAAUGGAUUAACUGAAAGAUUAUCAAAAGAAUAUGGAAUAAAAUCUAAAUUUUAUCAAAUUGAUGUUACUAAUUCUGAACAAGUUAAAGAAGUUGUUAGCAAGAUUGAAGAAGAAUUUAAAACUAUUGAUGUAUUUGUUGCAAAUGCAGGUAUAGCUUGGUAUACUGGCUCAAUAUUAAAUGAAGAUUCCACCCCAGAAAAUUGGAGAAAAGUUUUCGAUGUAAAUGUAAAUGGAGUAUUUUAUUGUGCAAAAUAUGUUGGUGAAAUCUUUAAAAAAAAUGGUUGUGGAAGUUUUAUAAUAACAGCAUCAAUGUCAGCUCAUAUAAAUAAUGUACCAAAUUAUCAAACUUGUUAUAAUUCAUCAAAAGCUGCAGUAAUGCAAAUGGCAAAAGGUUUAGCUGUUGAAUUUGCUGGAUUUGCAAGAUGUAAUUCAAUAAGUCCUGGUUAUACAAAUACUUUAUUAAGUGAACCUAUUCCAAAACAUCAAAGAGCUAAAUGGUGGGGAUUAACUCCAAUGGGUAGAGAAGCAGAAAAAGAUGAAUUAGCGGGUGCAUACUUGUAUUUAGCUAGUGAUGCUUCUAGUUUUACUACAGGAUCUGAUAUUAGAGUUGAUGGUGGAUAUUGUUGUGUUUAG